GGUGCGGGACACGCCCGGGCGCCCGGCCCAGCCCAGCGGCGGCGGCCGCGCUCGCUCCGCCGCUCGGGGCUGGGCAACGCCGCCGGCCCGCGGCUGCCUCCCAGCCGCUGACGGGGCCGCGGCCACCCCCGCCCCUGUCACGCGGUCCCGUGCCGGUGGCCGCGCACGGCGGAGGCGGCACAUAAACCUCGGCGGGGCCCGCUUGCCGCAGCAGCGCCGCGAUCCGCUUUGCGGGAGCCGUCCCGCAGCGCCAGGAUGCGGGGCCUGGUGGUCGCCGGGUUCCUGCUGCUGAGCUUCGCCGCGCCGGGCGCGCCCGUCAGAGGGAGGAGGAACGUGGACCCCGAAACGAACAUGAACAUCAGUCAAAUUAUUACCUUCAGGGGAUACCCUAGUGAGGAGUACGAGGUGACAACAGAAGAUGGGUAUAUCCUUUCUGUUAACAGAAUUCCUUAUGGCAAAAAAGGCAGUGAGAGGAGUCAAGGUCCAAGGCCUGCUGUGUUUCUGCAGCAUGGUUUGCUUGCAGAUGCCAGCAAUUGGAUCACAAACUUGGAUUACAACAGCCUGGGCUUUAUGCUGGCGGAUGCUGGGUAUGAUGUCUGGUUGGGAAACAGCAGAGGGAACACAUGGUCCAGGAAACAUACACACUUCACAGUGAAGCAAGAAGAAUUCUGGGUUUUCAGCUUUGAUGAAAUGGCCAAGUAUGACAUUCCAGCCUCAGUGGACUUUAUUUUGAAGAAGACUGGCCAGGAACAAGUAUUUUACAUUGGCCAUUCACAGGGCACCACAAUGGCUUUCAUUGCUUUUUCAACUUUGCCACAGCUGGCUAAGAAAAUCAAAAUGUUCUUUGCCUUGGCACCAGUAGCUACAGUCAAGUUUGCCACUAGCCCUCUGGUAAAACUGGGAGUGUUUCCUGACCUGCUACUCAAGGACAUGUUUGGAAAGAAACAAUUUCUCCCUCAGAAUUUUUUGCUGAAGUGGCUUGCUACCCAUGUUUGUACCCACAGAAUACUCGAUGACCUUUGCGGCAACCUGUUCUUUCUUCUGUGUGGUUUUAAUGAGAGAAACUUGAAUAUGAGCCGAGUGGAUGUGUAUUCAACACACUGCCCUGCGGGGACAUCUGUACAAAACAUGAUCCACUGGAGCCAGGCUGUGAAGACUGGGGAACUCAAAGCUUAUGACUGGGGAAGCAAGGCUGCAAAUAUGGCUCACUACAAUCAGUCUGCUCCCCCUUUCUACAAAGUGAAAGAGAUGACUGUACCAACUGCAGUGUGGACUGGUGGACAGGACUGGCUGGCAGACCCAAAGGAUGUUGCUAUGCUGCUCACUCAGAUCACAAACUUGGUUUACUACAAAAGCAUUCCAGAAUGGGAACAUUUGGAUUUCAUCUGGGGCCUUGAUGCACCUUACCGCAUGUAUAAUGAAAUAAUUAACAUGAUUAGGAAGUACCUCUAAACUGACAUGGUAUUUCAGAGUAUUAGUUCACCAGAAACCUGUCUUUUUGGAACAAUAAUGCUACAUUGCUUAUUUAUGAUGCAUUUUUAAAAUGCCAGCAACAACUACUGAAUUGGAUUUGUAUUUGGUUGUUUUUCUCAGUAUUAUUUCUCUCUGCUGCAGAAAUACUCACUGUAUCCUGCUGAUUUUGCACACAGUGGCGUGGUACUCAAAAAAAAAAAAAAUAAUAGCAGUGUGACUGUGCACAAAAGGAGUAUGUCAUGUGCAUAUAUAAAUUUAGUGACAUGUCUGAAAGACAAGUUAGUCCAUUCAGCAGCUCAUGUGCUUGACAAUUAAAAUGAAAAGUAUUUCAUUGUGCAUAAAACACUGCCAUCUCUCAGUAUGUUGCCAUUUCUGAGUACCUUUGAGAAGUACUCCUUGUAUUGCAGUGACCCAUUUGGUGCUGGUACUUUUAAAAAGCACUUGGUGGCUUUUUGCUGCAUUAUUAUUUUAGCCAUCACAUACAAGCUAGCUACAUCAGAUUACUAUUUUAUUAUUGCCCAGAAGGACUGUAAUGAAGCCAGAGAAGAUCACCACUGUCAGCUGAAAUCUCUUGGUUUGGGACUGAUCUAUUGCUGCACUUUUCUUGAUUUAAUGGUGUCCCUGAAGCCUUUCAUGUUUCACAUUACCAGCUAUGGAUAAGGAUCCUUGUGUACGCUUGCAGAUUCCUGGAACAAGAGAAGCGGUUAGAAGAAAUACCACUUUUGGUUAGCUUUGUCAAUAGGUUGUGACUUUCAAGGAGAAUGAUGGUAAUGUACUCAUGGUUUGUUUUCUUUGCACUGACUACUAGAAAACAAGCUCCCCCGGUAUACUACUGGCAAGGGAAGAGCCAAAGCAUUAAUUCUGUAGCUUUAGUGACUUAAUUUGCGUGAACUUUUCCCUUAAUCAUCUGCUGCUUUGAAGAUGUGUUUACUUCUUAACUGCUUAUAUGGUGUUUGCCACCAUUAUGGUCAGGAACCGUACAACAACCUGGUGAAGCCUGGCAGUAUUAACAGCAGUUUCCAUUUGUCUCAGUUUCCACUUCAAAAUGGGACUAAGUCCCCAUUUAAUGGGGAAAGGAUUCACAGCUGCUUCAGGAGUCUGACUUUGGAGCUGUAAUUGUCUGUGGUACAGGUGCCUUGCUGUUUCCAUUCACUACGCAGAGGGCUUUGGCUUCUCUGAAUUGCACAAAAGUUCCAUGCCAAACAUAGAUGUAUGAACAAUCUCCAGACUCAGUUACGUCAGUCCAGAUAAUUUCUGUGCCAUGGUUGGAUUAAACCCAGAUUUCUGUCAGUAAUCCUAACGGGAUAAAAAGUUUUUUCUAUAUGGCAUAGAAAACAGUGUGUUUUAAACUGAGGCAAACUUCUUUUUUGUAAAAAAAUUAAAAUAAGAUAAAAAAAGCAUAAGCCAUAAAUUAGGGGUUUUUUUGGUUGGGCUUUUGUACUCCUAAUUUAGACUCAGGGAAUCCUCAGACAUUGUUUAAGGAAAAAGUGGUUCAUGAUAUUUCAGCUGCAGUUCCUAGCAGGACCUCUUAAGUUUCCUUUAUGUUUGUAGCAGCCGUAUUUGCUUCACCUUGCUGUGCUGAAAGGAAGUUUCUCUAGGAGUCCAAAGUGGUUAACCUAGCAGUUGUGGGGGGAUGUGAUACAGCAACAGCCAUGUGCAUCAUGUUUAUUAAGCUUGAGUAUUGCAAUAAACAUGAGAUCUGCUUGGA